AUGGCGGAUGAAAAUGGGGUCCAGAAGAAGAGGAGAAGAGCUCACACAAGAGCUUCCAAAGCUUGUACAUUUUGUAGACAACAGAAAACAAGAUGCUUACGCUCGGAUGAAAGUGUUGCCUGUCUACGGUGUUUAUCUCUGAAGCUGGAUUGCUCAUUAUUGUCAGAAACGGGCCGUAGGAAUGAAUUCCCCAUUCUCAAUGUGAAUCUCAAUUCGAAUCAUAAUAAUUCCAUUAAUCCUGUCACACAGCUGUCAUCACAGCCGGUGACACGUCAAUCAAGUUUAUCUUAUUCCAAACUCCCGUCUCCGCAGCCAUCCCAAUAUCAAUACGAGCAAUCCAACUCUAAUCACAUCUUCCCAUCCCUGGCUAGCACGUUACAGAAUAACCCUUAUGAACGUCAGCCGCAAUUUCAUCCCAAGUAUAAUGACCCAGUUCACCAUCAAUUUUUCUACAACAAUCCUAUACCCCCAACAUCUACACAUCGAUUAUCCCAAUCUUUUGUAUCAUCCCACUCUCCAUCACAGAACUACCAACAGAACAAUUGCCAUUCUACUCCAACAGUUAAUCACAUGUCAUCAAUAAACGAUGCUGAAUUUGAUCCUAGGAGUACAAAAAUUGACUCUAUUGAUUCUACUGUCAAACAAAUAUUACAUUUAUUGAGGAGCGAUAACAGGAUGUUGACUUCAAUCAGUGAAUCAGAUAAAGAUAUUUCCAGUGAUGAAGCUCUACUGAAGCUUUUACCGAUAUUAUCGACUCCAAUAAAUAAUACUAACAUACCUAAUCAGUCUUUAUCAUUUUCUCCUAUUAGUUUCCUUAAUCUGUCAACAGAAAUUUCUGGCACAGAACAGGCGAUCUCCUUGCCAUUAUGCAUUCAACAGCAAUUGUAUCCAUUACAUUCUUUCCGCCCAAUUUAUCAGGAUAUAAUCACUACCAAAAUAUUAACAUUCAAUCAAGCAGUUCAGUUGGUAGAUAUUUUCCGUGAUAGAUAUGGUCGGUGGUUAUCUUUUCCACCGUUGAUAUCUACAAGGAAGUUAAUUAUUAGGCUGCGGAAACGGUGUCCUUUAUUAUUAACUCUUGCCUGUUUAUUGAGCUUAAAAUAUGGCGACCCUUUAUUAAAGCAGAAAAUAUGGUAUAAGCUGAAUAAAAUUGUCUGCAAAGAAAUUCAUUGGCUAAACUCAACAUAUUCAGGAAGUCUUGAAGAGCUUCAAUGUCUAGUUAUCCUGGGUGCAUAUUGUAUUGGUUUGAGCGAUUUGACUACCGACGAAAUUGAAAAUGGAAACCCAAUACUAUUGCUUGAUGGAUGGCACUUAUCUGGUGUGGGCUUGACUUUAUUUGAAAAAAUUAACCAUUAUGGGUUUGGUGAUCAAAUGUACGGUCCCGAAGUCGAGUCUCAAUGGAAGGCUAAUAAUGAGGAAAUGAAGGAGAAGGUCAGCUCAAAUUUGAACGUCCAGAAUCUCUAUAAUGCAUCGGGGAGUGGCAAUAAAAUAGUUGGCAGAAAUACUGCAAAUGAUAACGAUGAUGAUGAUGAUGUUAUCAAUCGUUCUGGAGAAGGCGAAUAUGAGGAACAGGGAAGUGAUGUGUACGAUGAUGAAAAUGAUGAUGACGAAGAUGACGAGUAUGAGGAUAACGAAGAGUUCAAUUUUCUUACACUCCAUAGAAUCUGGAACACCUUAGUUUUGGUACACCUGGCGUAUUGUCUAUUUUAUGGUCGUCGGUCCUGGAUAAGCAUCGAAAGACUGAAGCCCGUCGAAGUGUCGGAUAUCUCAAGUGCCACAAAUUUUGAUUUUAGGAUUAUAGGUGAAAUCCACAUAUAUCUCAUUUGUUAUAGGUUCUUAUUUGAAGAUGAACCAUAUAGACUAUUAAGAAAAGGUAUCAAUUUGUGGUUGGAAAGAUGGCAAGAUACCUUUGGACAAGCUUCAAAUCAGUUUGUUGAAAUCGAUUAUCAUUUUGUGGAGAUCCUUGUGAAAAUCAAAAGCUUAAAGCUGGACCCUCAUACUUUUUUCAAUAUGAAUUUCAACAACUUGAAGGAAUUGACUGAGUUAAGAAAGCAUGCCCUGGCGAUUCUUUAUUUGAUUGAUUCAGUUAACGACGAUUCAUAUUUUGCGUUCCUCAGUGAUCAGAUACACAUGAUGGUUUUCUAUGCCACAGAUAUCUUAAUAUCUACAAUGUCUGCUAUAAACAAGCUGGAAAAGGAGAGCCACGUUAGUCCAAGUGAAACACUGGACAACUCACAAGUCAAUAGAGACAUAUUAAACCUAAUAUUUAGAUUUAGGACUGUUGCUACCACAAAAAAUGAUACAUUUUACAAGUAUUAUUCCAUACUUGAAAGAAACUACGACUCUAAACUACGUGAACCUGCUGUUUUGUAA